AUGUCCCCAUUAAAAGCCCUGUUUGGUUACAAACCGCCUAUUUUACCAGUAGUGAGCAACUAUUCAACGGUGCCCACUGUGGAGGAAUAUUUGCAGCAAAGAAUGGAGGUUUUGCAGCAGCUAAAAAGGGAGUUAGCUUUAGCUCAAAAUAGGAUGAAGCAAAUUUCGGACAAAAAGAGAAGUGAGAGGAAUUUUGAGGUGGGAGAAGAAAUGUAUUUGCGGCUUUGGUACCCUUAUUUGAAGUCUAUAUCCCAUGGACAAGUGUCCAAGCUUAGCCCUAAAUAUUAUGGGCCCUUUCCCAUAAUUGAUAGGAUCAGACAAGUAGCCUAUCGACUGCAACUUUCGAAGAACUCCCACAUCCACCUAGUGUUCCAUGUGUCCCUCUUGAAGAAGUCAGUAGGAGCACAAAAGGUGAGUCCCUCCCUACCUACGCUGCCUAGGGAAAAUCGUGAAGCUCUAAAACCAGAGGCCAUAGUGGACAGGCGAGUCAUUUACCAACAAGGGGCACCACUAAUCCAGGUAUUAGUCAAGUGGCGAGAUAAGAUGGCUGAGGACAGCACUUGGGAGUACCUUUUUUAUUUGCUCAAGCAGUUCCCAAGAUCAGCCAAUCUUCUUAGCAUUCUUGAGGACAAGAAUUCUUGA